UUACAUAAGCCGAUUUUCUCAUUCUCGCCGAACGCAGAAUCACACAUAUUUUUGUCCGGAGGUGUACGAAUAUUUUGGAAAACUCCCGCGAUGGCUUCUCGUCGUAUUGCUCAAUCGAGCGUAAACUGGGCGGCGCUGGCGGAGCGUGUACCGCCGAACCAGAAGCCCAACCUGGCGGCGUUCAAAACCAAGAGCGACAAAUAUCUGCGCAGCGUUGUUGCUAAUCCGGAAACUCCGCCAAAGAUUGACUGGACGUUCUACAAGAAGAAUGUCCCGGUCGCUGGUAUGGUUGACAAGUUCCAGAAGGCGUACGAAGCCCUGCAGAUCCCGUACCCUGCCGAUAACGUGACGAAGCUGGUGGAGGCGCAGGAGAAGGAAGUCCAGCAGGAGAUUGCCAAGUUCGUGAAGGAUUCUGAAACACGCAUUGCCGAUUUCACGACCCAGAUCGCUACCCUGAAGGCGCUGCUGCCGUACGAUCAGAUGACGAUGGAAGACUUCCGCGACUCGUUCCCAGAGCAAGCUCUGGAUCCGAUCAAUCGUCCAUCGUUCUGGCCACACACUCCGGAGGAGCAGGAGCCUGGUGCACCGAACGCCGAGCCGCACCAUUAAGCAAAUGCUCGCCCCACAAAGCUUGUUUGAUGCAAUCCGGGGUAGUUCCGGUAUAGAAAUAAAGCAGAUUGCUGUUUACUAACACCCGUAA